AUGUCCAAAACCGCCCUCAUCACCGGAGGAGCCAGGGGUAUCGGCCGAUGUCUGGUAAGAAGGCUCCUCGAGCGAAAUUACAAAGUGCACUUCCUCGACAUCGACGAGGAAGAGCUCGAGCACACGACCAAAACCCACCUGAAGGAAUACUAUGAUGCCGGCAAGCUUCAGUCCGCUAUCUCCAACCUGCGCGACAUCCAGGACAUCCAGGACAAAGUGAAGCAAACAGCCGACUUCCUCGGCGGACGGAUACACGUCUUGAUCAAUAACGGCGGAAUCGCCUCGCCAAGGUGGAAGGACGGCAAAACCAUGGCCGACACCAGUACCAUACCCGAGUGGCAAGCGUAUGUCGAGACGAACCUCACAUCACCCUUCAUCGUGUCGCAAGCCUGCCUGCCCUACAUGAAGCAGGAGAAAGAAUCCGAGGCGGCGCUGCACCGCGACGACGACGCCGGGCCGUGCAUCAUCCUGAUCGGCUCGUUCCGCGCGCUGCAGAGCGACGCGAACCAGGAAGGUUAUGCGGCAACCAAGGCCGGCCAGCUCGGUCUGACGCACAGCAUGGCCAUCAGCCUGCAGCCGUGGGGGAUCCGUGUCAACUUGGUUGCCCCCGGGCGCAUCAAGGUCGCGCACGAGUGCAGGGACGGCGACGAGAAAGGCUUGGAGUGGGCGGAGCAGAAUGAGGAGAAGGAGGUCGAUGAGCACCCGACCAAUCGCGCCAGCAGGCCCAAGGAUAUUGCUGAUGCGGUCGAGUAUCUGGUGAAUGCUGGCUUUGUGACAGCGCAGGAUUUGACGGUGGAUGGGGGGGGCUACGAAGAAGAAGUCGACGUAGGCUGGUCUUAA